AUGCGCGCACGCCAUCAACAAUCUUUGUCACCGUUGCGAAAUCCAUUAUGGAUGUCAGAAGGACCGCCCGAUAGCAGUAAUCAACAAAACUCUACUCCUGUUUUCGCUUUGCAUCAUUACCUCGAACGGCAGAUUCUUCAAAACAAUAUUACAUAUGGUUAUUAUGAUCAAGGUGAUCAUGGAGAGGGAAAUGAUACAAUCGGAUGGGUGGGUGAAGCCUGUGUUCAGUCCAGUUUGUUCAGGAAUCUCGAUAUCUCGCAGCAUAAAGGAAAGAACAAUAAUAAACUAUUGUCAUCAAAAACUUGGUUGGAAAUAAUCCCAGGGGAAUGUAAGAAACGUGGCAAAGAUGAUGUAUACAAGAAUUGCUGGUUAUACCUGAGCAAUGAUUUACGAAGGUUUGUGCGUGAACACGACCUCCAAGGAAAAAAUUUGCCACACUGUCAAAACCGAACUCGUAUUACAAAUUUAGAUUUAAUGUGUCAAAAUCUCACUUCCGAAACCAAGCGUAUGCAAGAACAACAUUCACUUAGAAUAUUCGGAAGGUAUAUACAACAUUCCAAGGGAAUUGCACUCGCGGGUGUUGGUAUUGUGGUAUUAUGUGCGCAAAGGAAGGUCAAUCACACAUUACAUAACGUCUUUUUUGCACGGACGACAACCGAUGAUCAUUGUGAAUAUGAGAAUUGGGGAUAUGUUUUCUAUAGUGAAAAGAAGUUUUUCAUGAGCAAAAUGUGUGGUUCGGAGUGGAAAAAGCACGAUUUGCGUUAUAAGAUUCUGGUGGCUAAGGAGACGCCUCACAUCUGGGUUGUAAGAAUGCCUGCACCAAACGCUGCCACCUUGAAGUCAACUAUUUCGAACAACAAGACAAUCGAGUAUGAGGUUCUCGUCAUUCCACCACCUUCCCCGACCAAUGAUACUUAUUCCACGCAACGGCCUUUAAGAACAAGGCGUAUCAAUUGUAAUUCUGCAAAUGGAACAGUCUAUUGGAUUCCCGAAGGUUACCGUCCGGUUUUGGUGAGGACCGCAGAUUUACCCCUGCUUGUCGGCACCGAUUAUUCGCUGCCAUCAUCACCCGCUUAUUCCUCGGAUUCGGAUGACUCCGGUUGUUGA